UACUGCUAAUUUCUCUAGCCACUCUUCGCUAAACAGGGCUUGGUGAAGAAAGCACUAGAUAUAAGUUGUAAGAUUAACAAAAAAUCUUCAAAUGGAAUUUUUCAACUCAGCUCUUGGGAAAAACAUUACCUUUGUGCGGCCUCCGUAUUUCAUAAUAAGUGGUUUUAUUGGCAUACCUAAUAUUAAGUAUUACUUUGUCUUUCUCUUUUUUAUUUACAUUCUGUCAGUGAUCGGAAACGGCACAGUGAUUACUGUAAUAAUAUUAGAUCAUACUUUGAGAAGUCCUAAAUAUAUGGCAGUUUUUAGCCUGGCAUUGACAGACGUGUUAAGUAGCUCGGCUCUGGUGCCAAAAGUUAUUGACAUCUUUCUGUUCAAUCAUCUCUAUGUUGCCUAUAAUGACUGUUUGGCAUUCAUGUUUUUUUGCUUUGCUUUACUUUCAAUGCAGUCUUUAAAUCUGGUUACACUCGCCUUUGACAGACUGGUAGCUAUCCUCUUUCCACUGCAUUAUCAUGUGAAGGUGACCCACAGGCUCAUGCUGUAUUUGAUUGCGUUUUUCUGGAUCUAUGCCAUUGGUCUUACACUCAUUGCAGCUGGGCUUCUCACAAGAAUUUCUUUCUGUAAGUCUGUGGUUAUUAACAGCUAUUUCUGUGACCAUGGCCCUAUGUUCCGGCUUGGCUGCAAUGAUAUUACUCCCAGUCUUGCAGUAUCUGAUUUUGCACCAUUUCUUAUCCUUUGGCUUCCUCUGGCUUUUAUCUUGGCAAGUUACUGUUGUAUUGCAUAUACCUUGGCAAAAAUUUCUACAGGUCGAGAAAGAUUGAAGGCUUUUAAAACGUGCACAGGUCAUCUUUCAUUAGUGACAAUCUAUUUCCUCCCUAUUACAAUUGUUUAUAACUCUUGGAACACAAUACAUCCAAAUGCCAGGAUCAUAAACCUGUCGUUGACUGCUGUCAUCCCUCCUGUGUUAAACCCAAUCAUUUAUGUUUUACAGACUCAAGAAAUCAAAGACUCUUUGAAGAAGUUGUUGAAAAUCAAACGACAAUUCACAGUUGCAACCGAAAAUUAG